CUACGUACAAGAAUCGAGAUAUGUAGCAUGAGGUUAGCAAAAAGAAUUGGUAGGGAGGCAGAGGGCGGAAAUUGAUGUGUUCACCUCCCUCUUGGCCCGCUAGCCGCGAACAUCUCUAGUCUGGCGGCCCGAUGAAACAUGCCGCGAUGAGCAUAAGUACUAUAAAAGACGAGCUCGAGCCCGCGCCACGUCGGGCAGAGAAGAGAGGGGAGAAAGAAGGAACGAAAGAAAAGAAAGGGUGUAAUCGUCUCCCGUUAGGAGCAGCCCGUGCCGCCGCCAUCGUCCAGCAAUGUUGUUCGGAAACGCACUUGCGCUCGCCCUGUCGAGCUUGUCGCUGCUCGCGACGGCAGCGCCCGUGUCGGACGAGACCCGCGUCGACUACGAUGCCGUCAUCGUCGGAGGCGGCCCUGCCGGCCUGGCUGCGUUGAGCGGACUGGCUCGGGUCCGCCGCCGCGCCCUCCUCAUCGACUCCGGAGAGUACCGCAACGGGCCGACCCGCCACAUGCACGACGUGCUAGGCUAUGAUGGUGAGCCGUUGUCCCUCCCCUUUCCCAAGCUUCCAAGCUAGUGUCAACGACAACAACAACAGCAAUGGAUCCUUUGGUGAGCCCCGAGAGAGGCCAUGUUUCUUUGCUAACCGAUGACUGGGAGCGGCGGCAAAGGAGUAACGCCCGCGUACUACCGCUGGGCCGCGCGCGGACAGCUCGCGCACUACUCGACCGUCUCCAUGACCAACGGCACCGUGACCAAGGUCGAGCCGCAGGCCAACAACACCUUCUUCAAGGUCUCGGGCCGGUACCUGGGGCGGGACGACUCGGUCGUGACGGCGCGAAAGGUGGUCCUCGCCACGGGCCUGCGCGACCUCCUGCCGGCGACGCCGGGCAUCCGCGAGAACUGGGGCAAGGGCAUCUACUGGUGCCCGUGGUGCGACGGCCACGAGCACGCCGACCAGGGCCUGGGCUUGCUCGCACCGCUCGACUCGGUCCCCGGGCUGGUGCGGGAAAUCCUGACGCUGAACCGCGACAUCGUGGCCUUUGUCAACGGCACCGACACGCCCGCCGCGCGCGCCGCCACCGAGGACAAGAACCCGCGGUGGCAGGAGUACCUCGCGCUGCACGGCGUGCGUGUCGAGAACCGCACCAUCGAGUCGCUCGAGCGGCUCGCCAACGGGACGACGGGCGACGAGGACCCCUCGCUGCCGACGGCGCCGGAGCACGACCUGUUCGAGGUGCGCUUCGUCGGCGGUAACGGUAACGAUAACGGGGAGCCGGUCCGCCGCAACGCCUUCCUGUCGAGCUUCAAGGAGGAGCAGGCGUCGACCCUGGGCCCCGACAUCGGCGUCUGGCUGUACGGCGGGCGGCUCGCCGCAGAUGCGUCCAAGGGGCUGGCGACCAACAUCCCCGGCGUGUACGCCAUCGGCGACGCCAACUCGGACAAUGUGACCAACGUGCCGCACGCCCUCUUCAGCGGUAAGCGCACGGCUGUCUACCUGCACGUCCAGCUGGAGCGGGAGACUGCUGCCAAGGAGCUCGCGGCGCUGCCCGAGGGCAAUUCGACGGCGGUUCACAAGCGAAGCGUCGACGAGCACGCGCGGUCGCUGUGGGACGUCGUGAACGGGCGCCGGGACGACAUGCUCUACGCCGGCGAGUUUGACCAGUGAGUGAGUGAGUGACUGAGUCUACGAGACUGAUGAAGCGUGAGGGGAGCGGGUGAGUGAGUGAGUGGGUGAGCGAGCGAGUGAGUGAGUUGAAUACCCACUGGAUGCUCUGGGCCCUGGCCUUGUGUGCAGGCUGGUACAGGGUGCUACAACACAACCUUGUAUAUGCGGCGGGGGAGGCUUCGAAACUGUUCAUAUCUUGGCGUAAUAAUUUAUAAUUGCACGCGCAUCUUUCGUUG